AUGGGAAGUCCACGCUGGCGCCAGACACUGACAUCAUCGUCCCCAGUGCUAUUGCAGGUUGCUGUGUUCUCCCACGCGGACGUGCCGGACAACCAACAACAUGUACUUUCCGGAGAUAAAUCCAAUGGAGCAACAGGCAAUACACUCCCCCCCGAGCUCCCUGCCGCACAGCAUGUACAACCAGGUGCUGGCCUUGUCGACGCCGCUCUGGUCGAAUUGCGAAAGCUACACCAACCGUUGCAUUAUAAGAUACGAAAGAACCCCGGCAUUUUGAGAACCGUUCUACAUCUUGCUUCCAAGGCAUUACCGGCCAUCCGACUUACUGCUCCCUCGCCUGCUUCCUCCCACGAUGCCGUCAGUGGCCCGCUCCUCCAUGCGACCAGGCUCUUCGAAGAGUCCGCACAAAAGAACAAUUCUGAUGCGCUCUAUAUCCUGGGCGACAUGAACUUUUACGGCAACUUCUCCCAUCCCAGGAAUCUCAAGACGGCCUUCAGUUACUACCAAAAGCUCGCUUUGCUCAAUGGCAACAGUUCGGCAAUGUACAUGAUGGGAGUGAUGUAUUCUACAGGAGUGGGAGGCGCUGUGGAGCCGGACCAGGCCAGAGCUCUGCUUUAUUACACCUUUGCUGCCAACCAGGGCCAUACAAGAGCCGAGAUGGCUGUGGCACAUCGUCACUAUGCAGGGAUCGGAACCACGAAGAACUGCGAGACGGCGGUGAAAUACUACAAAAGGGUCGCUGAUAAAGCAAUUGCGUGGUACCGGUCAGGACCCCCCGGUGGCAUGAGCUGGAUAUCGGAAUCUCAUCGUAUCGCCGACGAGCUUGGAGGUAUAUAUGGUGUAGGAGCGAGUGUGUCCAGUUCGGGACAGAACGCACCUCACAAAAACCCCACCUCUGACGCACAGGCUUCUAUCGAGGAUAUUCUCGAGUACCUUGAUCUGAUGUCUCAGAAGGGCGAUGUCAAGGCGACUUUUAACCUGGGUCGUAUCUUUUACGACGGGCAGAGAAACCUCCCUCGUGACUACGUCAAAGCUAGGGAAUACUUUCUCAAGGUGGCCAGUAAAACCUGGAACAAGAAAGGACAGGUUUUUGAAAACAAGACGCCCAGUUUUCACACCAUUAGUUGCAGAGCAGCUGGCUAUAUUGGACGCAUGUAUCUGCGAGGAGAGGGUGUUGAACAGAACUUCAGGCUUGCUGAGUUCUGGUUUAGGCGCGGCAAUGAGCAAGCAGACCAACAAUCUCGCCAUGGACUCGGACUGAUGUAUCUGAACGGUUACGGCGUGGAACAAAACCUCGAUCUGGCGCUCAAGUUCUUCAAUGCGGCAGCCGAGACUGUGUAUCCACCCUCACAUGUGCAGCUCGCUGCGCUGUACCUUGAUCAAGGUCAGUCCGAUGAGGAUAUCUACGCAGCAAACCAUCACCUGGACCUGGCGGCGAAGUACUACAAUAUGGAGGCAUAUUACUAUAUUGGAGAGAUGACCUAUUUCGGUCUUGGCCGCGAGAGACAAUGCGAGGUCGCGCUUAAUUACUACAAAGCGGUCGCUGAGAAGGUAGAGCCGUUUGUCUCGUCGUGGGCUGAGGCUAAUUUGGCCUACGAAGCGGGUGAGAUUGAGUUGGCAUUUCUCGAAUACCUGCACGCGGCAGAGCAAGGAUAUGAAACUGCUCAGAACAAUGUUGCGUACAUACUCGACCCUCAAAAGUCCUAUUUGACUAUCCCGCAGUGGCUGUUUCCCAAAGCCCAGAAGCUGACACUUCUUCAAAACCCGACACUAGCACUCAUCUACUGGACCCGGUCGUCAAGGCAGGGUAAUAUUGACGCUACUGUCAAGAUGGGUGACUAUUACCUUGGCGGGAUAGGAACAGAUGCUGAUGUUGAUAAGGCCGUUCAGUGUUAUACUGCCGCUUCAGAACAUUACCAGAGCGCGCAGGCGUUGUGGAACCUGGGUUGGAUGCAUGAAAAUGGCAUUGGCUUAACUCAGGAUUAUCAUCUUGCUAAGCGAUAUUACGACACUGCUCUGGAAACGAACGAUGAGGCGUAUCUCCCCGUCUCUCUCAGUUUGUUGAAGCUGCGAGCCAGAAGCGCCUGGAAUACUUUCACCAACGGCCGGAUCAACUCUAUCCAAGACGAGCCAACCGAGAAAAAAGAAUGGUCGCUCAGUGAAUGGAUCAAUAAUUUCUUACAGGAUGAGAUGGGCUAUUACGGAGAUGACAUGUAUGAUGGCUAUGAGGAUGCGAUGCCCGGUGCCGAUUCCGAUUUGGGUGCUUUUGAGGAAGGGGACAUCCUGGAGACGUUGGUGAUCAUGGGUCUCGCCGCCGCCCUUGUCUUCUUGGUACUGUACCGCCAACAGCGACAACAAGCAGCCCGGCGGCAGCAGGAAGAUGAGGCUAGGCGCCAACCGCAAGAACAGCAAGGCCAAGGCGUAGGUAGAGCAGCUGGCGGAGCGUUUGCUAAUGGACAACAGCAACAACAGGCAGGAAAUGGGGGUUUCUUCCCCCAACCUGGCGCUCCAGGCUUUGGGCAAUGGGCUGUUGGUGGUGUGGGCCACUGAGCAGCU